AUGGCCGGUGCUGAACUUCAUAGUAGUCGGAAGGACUGGCCAAGUGUCCCAGAGACAGAAGAGGCGAGCUCCUUGCUCUCGUCUCAUUCCUCGGAGACGGAACCUUUAGAACGCCCACCACCACCGCCUCGUCGUCAGUCGUCAAUAUCACAGCCUCCCCCAAAUGGAGCUCCUCGAACCCCCCGUACUCUCAAUCGCGUUCGCUUCGAUAUUGAUGAGGAGUCGCCUCGAAGCUCAACAGAGGAGAGAAGGAUGUCGGAUUCGUGGACGGUGGAUGAUGACUUCCUCGCAGAUAGUUCACCUUGGGGAAGGCGAGCCAGUGGAGGACAGCGCGCCCCUUUGCUGACUGAUGUCGAAGCACCAAGUGUCACGGUCGCGACUGAGGCAGACUUCAAUGCUGAGGACCACUUGGAAAGCGCUAGGCCGAGAAGUGGGAUGAAAAGUGCAUUUAUGAACAUGGCAAAUAGCAUCAUUGGCGCUGGCAUCAUAGGUCAACCGUACGCGCUCAGACAAGCCGGACUGAUUACGGGGAUACUUCUUCUUCUAAUCCUCACUAUCACCGUCGAUUGGACUAUUCGUCUGAUUGUAAUCAAUUCAAAACUCAGUGGCGCCAACUCUUUUCAAUCGACCGUGGAGCAUUGCUUUGGCAAGUCAGGGCUAAUAGCUAUCUCAGUGGCACAAUGGGCUUUUGCGUUUGGUGGCAUGCUUGCCUUCUGUAUCAUCGUCGGCGACACAAUACCUCAUGUGCUCGCAGCAUUGUUUCCUAGUCUUCCAAACCUUCCAUUCCUCUGGCUUCUAGCAGAUAGGCGAGCAGUGAUUUUGAUUUUCAUAUGCGGAGUUUCAUACCCACUCUCUUUGUAUCGCGACAUCGCAAAGCUAGCCAAAGCAAGUGCCUUAGCAUUGUUGAGUAUGAUUGUCAUUAUUACAACUGUCAUCACACAAGGACCGCGAGUCGCGCCAGAAUUGAAGGGGAAAGUUUCUGGAAGUAUCUUCAUGAAUAGUGGCAUAUUUCAAGCAAUAGGUGUCAUUUCGUUUGCAUUUGUCUGCCGUAAGCACCCAGAAUGCGCAAUUCUCGAUUUUAACUCACAUGCCUGUGUAGACCACAAUAGUUUAUUAAUAUACGGAUCCCUGAGGAAGCCGACACUUGAUCGUUUUUCACGUGUCACUCAUUAUUCGACUGCUAUAUCCAUGGUCGCUUGCAUGGCUAUGGCACUCUCGGGGUUUUUAACGUUUGGAGACAAAACUAAGGGCAAUGUGCUGAACAAUUUCCCAACCGACAAUUACAUGGUCAACAUUGCAAGAUUCUGCUUCGGCCUCAACAUGUUGACAACUUUACCUCUUGAGGCCUUCGUGUGUCGGGAGGUCAUGACGAAUUACUGGUUUCGAGACGAACCGUGGAAUCCGAAUCGACACCUUCUAUUUACGACAUCCUUGGUUUUAACAGCAGUUAUCUUGUCCCUGAUAACUUGCGACCUGGGCGCAGUGUUUGAGCUUAUCGGCGCCACAAGUGCGUGCGCCUUAGCUUACAUUCUCCCACCGCUUUGCUACAUAAAGCUCAGCAGUAGAAGCUGGAAGACCAUACUCGCAGCGGUUUGUGCCGGAUUUGGGUUUUUGGUUAUGGGAAUCAGUAUCCUGCAGGCUGUGGCAAAGACUAUUAGAAAUGAAGGUGGUGCUCAAACAUGUUAA